AUGGAUGAUAUCGGUGCGGGUCCUUCUCAGCCAAAAAAAAGGAAAGUCACAUUUAAAAAUCCUAAUGCACUAACAGAUGCCGAAUUAUUAAGUAUUUUAGAAUGUUCGGACUCAGAUUUAGAGGAAAUACCAUCGGAUGUUGAUGAUUUUGAGCCAGAUUCUCAGUCAGAAGAAAGUUCUGAUGACGAUAAUGAAGAUAAAAGGUAUAUUUUUUGUUUUGUAUUGUUUUAUAUCGUAUAUUUUAUUGCAGACACAAGCUUGCCACCUCAAAACCCGCAAAUACACAAACCGUUACCUACGGCUGCGAUAGCCAGUAGCGAUACUCCAUCGUGGUGUGACGACCCGCCAGGAAUGAAAAGUAUUUAG